GCGGGCGGGAAGGUGCGUGGGGAUGAUCUCACUCGCGCGAUCAGCGCCAGGAGGAGGAGGAGCGGGAGCAGAUCCAACUUCCGGGUAGUGGAGCCGCACGCCACCGGCAUCUUGCUGCUUCUUCCCCUCCCCCCGUGGACCCCUCGCCUCUCCCUCCUUUCCUUUUAUUCCCGGCCCCACCCGCCAAAAUGAACAGCUCGGACGAGGAGAAGCAGCUGCAGCUCAUCACUAGUCUGAAGGAGCAAGCAAUAGGCGAAUAUGAAGACCUUAGAGCAGAGAACCAGAAAACAAAGGAGAAGUGUGAUAAGAUUAGGCAAGAACGAGAUGAAGCUGUUAAGAAACUGGAGGAAUUUCAGAAAAUUUCUCACAUGGUUAUAGAGGAAGUUAAUUUUAUGCAGAACCAUCUUGAAAUAGAGAAGACUUGUCGAGAGAGUGCCGAAGCUUUGGCAACAAAGCUAAAUAAAGAAAAUAAAACAUUGAAGAGAAUCAGCAUGUUAUACAUGGCCAAGCUGGGACCAGAUGUAAUAACUGAAGAGAUCAAUAUUGAUGACGAAGAUACGGCAGACGCAGAGAGCGUGGCUGAGACCUGUGUCUCUGUGCAGUGUCAGAAGCAAAUGAAAGAACUUCGAGAUCAAAUUGUAUCUGUUCAGGAGGAAAAGAAGAUUUUAGCCAUUGAGCUGGAGAAUCUUAAGAGCAAACUUGUGGAAGUAAUUGAAGAAGUAAAUAAAGUUAAACAAGAAAAGGAGGUUUUAAAUUCAGAAGUUCUUGAACAGAGAAAAGUCUUAGAAAAAUGCAAUAGAGUGUCCAUGUUAGCAGUAGAAGAGUAUGAAGAGAUGCAAGUAAACCUGGAAUUGGAGAAGGACCUCCGAAAGAAAGCAGAGACAUUUGCACAGGAGAUGUUUAUUGAACAAAACAAGCUAAAGAGACAAAGCCACCUUCUGCUACAGAGCUCUGUCCCUGACCAGCAGCUUCUGAAAGCUCUAGAUGACAACGCAAAACUCACCCAGCUCCUCGAAGAAGAGAGAAUUCAACAUCAGCAAAAGGUCAAAGAAUUAGAAGAGAAACUAGAAAAUGAAACACUCCACAAGGAGAUACACAACCUCAAACAGCAACUGGAGCUUCUAGAAGAAGAUAAAAAGGAAUUGGAAUCGAAGUAUCAGAAUUCUGAGGAAAAGGCCAGAAAUUUAAAGCAUUCUGUUGAUGAACUCCAGAAACGAGUGAACCAGUCUGAGAAUUCCGUCCCUCCACCGCCGCCGCCUCCACCGCCGCUGCCCCCGCCACCUCCCAAUCCUAUCCGAUCCCUGAUGUCCAUGAUCCGGAAGCGAUCCCACCCCAGUGGCAGCGGUGCUAAGAAGGAAAAGGCGACCCAGCCAGAAACAACUGAAGAAGUCACAGAUCUAAAGAGGCAAGCAGUGGAAGAGAUGAUGGACAGAAUUAAAAAGGGAGUUCAUCUUAGACCAGUUAAUCAGACAGCCAGACCGAAGGCAAAGGCAGACUCUUCCAAAGGCUCUGAAAGUGCAGUCAACGAACUGAAAGGAAUACUGGGGACACUUAACAAAUCCACUAGUUCAAGAAGCUUAAAAUCCCUUGACCCUGAAAACAGUGAAACUGAGUUAGAAAGGAUUUUACGUCGCAGAAAGGUGACAACAGAAGCAGAUAGCAGUAGUCCAACCGGGAUAUUAGCCACCUCAGAGUCCAAAUCCAUGCCAGUGUUGGGUUCUGUAUCCAGUGUAACAAAAACAGCCUUGAACAAGAAAACUCUGGAGGCAGAAUUCAACAGCCCGUCCCCCCCAACACCUGAGGCAGGUGAAGGGCCCCGUAAAUUGGAAGGAUGCACAAGUUCCAAGGUUACAUUUCAGCCUCCCAGUAACAUUGGAUGCAGGAGAAAAUACAUUGGCAGUGAAGAACAAGCUGAACCAGUUGUAGUUUUAGAUCCUGUUUCCACACCUGAACCCCAAACCAAAGACCAGGCCGCUGAGAAAGAUCCAGCUCAACACAAGGAGGAUGAAAGCGAAAUGAAACCAGAAAACAAAGAAGACAGCGCUGAAAAGCUGAGAGAGACAGAUAGCUCCAGCUGCUGACCCAUGAACCCGAAAGUCGAUGUGUGUCCAAGUCCUUUGCCAUAAGCACUUGGUUUGUUUUGGCCUGUUGGCAAGGGACACACAUUUCCUGUUCCGGUCACUGUAUGCAAAAUACAUAAUCUUUUCUGGUGUCACUUUUGUAAGUAGCAACUAUAAAGAUAAGUAAGCUGGUUAGCAAAAUACACUGUAGUUUUUGUUUUGUUUUGUUUUUUGAUCUUUAUAGGGAUAAGAUUUUUCCUAGUUAUUAUAUUCAAAAUGACUUCUUUUAAGAGGGUACAAAAAACUCAGAUGUCGAUACCUUUUUAGGAAAUGUGCAUACCACUCAUCAAAUACAACAUAAUCUUGCCAGUUCCGGGGGCUGUGAUAAUUGGAAGAACAGAAUGGAUCCAUUUAACAUGAUUUAAAAAGCCCCCAGCAGAUUUUCGCUUCAGAUCUGAUCCUCUUUCAGUGGAGAAACUGCAGCAGCAUAGAAAUGGUUGGGUACUGUGGCAUUCAACUUAUUUUCUAGGGUACAAAAACUCAGGAGCUGGCUUCAAACUUGUGGUCCCAUAGUUUUGUUUUAACUCUACGUAUUGUUAACUGUCGAAUGAAAAAUACAUGCGACUCACUGUACUCAAAGCCUCGGAGGAACUUCGGUGAGAAGGCUCUGGUGGCUUUCCCGUGAAGGAAAGAAUGGAAUGGAGGCGAGCGUCCAAACUUUAACUUUGCAGUUGAUGUCUUGGUAAGCCAUGUGCCCCACGCUGUAAUUGUUUCCCCAUAGACUACCGCGGCACAAGUACCGUAGUUUAUUACAGUUCUUAUGUACAGUGAAGAUCAGUGACAAGCACACGAUUUUCUUGCUUGAAUGCUGCUCUACAUUAUACAGGGGUUUUGGUUUUUUUGUUUUUCUUUUUUUUUAAGAAACUUAAGUGGUAGUUAGUCUCUAAAAAUAUAAUGUUUCAGGCUACCACAAUGAAUAAAUAAAAUGUAAUCAGGGAUCUAAAAAAAAAAAACUUAUGCAGCUUUUCAAAGUUGAUUGUUUCAAAAUUGGUGUUUAUUUAAAAUAAGUGGUAAUGUACUUGAAUGCACUUUUUUAUGACAAUGAUUGAGUAAUGGUAAUUUUACUAUUAAAGAAAGUGAAAGGUUUAGUUUUGUUAGUAUGGCUCAGCAUGUAGCUGUCAGGUGCUUCUCACCUAAGGGCAAAAGAAAAUGAUAGUAAUAAUUGCAGUCGUUGUAGUGUAUUGUAUUUUUGCACGCGUGCUAAGCAUAAGCUUGAUGAGGUGGGUAGGCAGGUAGUUCCUAAAUUUGGAGAUUAUUCUCUUUCUCUGAGUUCGUUAUGCUUGACUAUUUCCAUGUUCUUCCAGUGAUGAUUUUACAGUUACUUGUCCGUUUACUCAUGGGGAAUUGAAAUGUACUGUUUCUCGACUGUAUUUUUCCCUGAAUAAUUCUGCUCUAUGUUAUGCUAACUACAAACCGCAUUCAUUCACUCCAGUGAGCUCUGUUAUGCUGUGAUUUGAACUCUCCUCACCACAACUUAUUAAAAAAGCACCAACAAUUUCC